AGACCGUUACAGAAAAGGGAAAGAUUCAUAUGCACAUAUGCAGCUAUCAAUCGAUGCAAGAAACCCUCUCAAAUGAGGCAAGUAGCACAACGGGCGCGUGCAAUUGCACAGGUAUUCGGUUCUGCGCCAAGUGCCGCAACACGCAGCGGGUCCAGAGUUUGUUCAGCGGUGCGGUGCCACUGUCCACCGCACAGGCUGUUAUCGACAAGCAGAGUAAGGAGGAACGUCUCUCAUCGUGUUCUUUUGCCACCCUUGGAAGGAGCAAGUACAGUUGUUGCCCAAUGUGCAUGGAAGUGUUUGUCUCCGAGGUGCCGCUAACGAUGUGCGCUGAGCACAUCGAACUUCAGUCCUCUAGCCUUCGUAUUGACGGCUUGUUUGUUUUUGAAAACAUCUUAACACAAGAGGAAGAGACGAAACUGAUCGAGUUUUUGGAUAAUCCGUCGCCUUUUCCGCCCUGGAAAGACUCACAGAGCGGCCGGCGCAAGCAGGAUUACGGCCCUAGGCGUAAUUUCAAGAAGAAAAAGGUGAAGGCUGCCGAGAUGCCGAUGAUGCCGCUCGCUUUCAAACCUGUAUUUUCCGCAAUUAGUGCAGCGGUUGAAAAGUGCACCGGAGUACCAUACAACGUCGCCGAAGUCUCUGCGCUCGAGUAUUGCGAAGGCAAUUUGAGCAACUUCGAUCCCCACGUCGAUGACACAUGGCUGUGGGGUGACCGCAUUGCUGGGCUCAACUUGAAUGCGAACUGUGCUAUGACGUUUGUAAAUCCAGAGGGCGACAGCUGCGACGUUUUCUUUCCGCAACGCUCUUUUUUCUUAAUGUCUGGGGACUGCCGAUAUAAGUGGAUGCACGGGAUUCGUCCUGUCCACGUUCAUGAACGGCGCAUUUCCCUUACAUUCCGUGAACUCUCACAGGAGAUUUUAAGCGACAAAAUCACUGCAGACAUGGUGCUUACUGCUGCUUCAACUUUUGUAUGA